AUGCCUGGAACCGGAGCGGUGCGUCGGGAUGCGCUCUGCCGGGUUUGGGCUCUGGUGGUCGGGCUGCUGGUGAGCCUUGGCUCGGUGGGUGGAUGCCCUCACAAGUGCAGCUGCUCCGGGUCGCAUGUGGACUGCCAGGGUCUGGGUCUGAAGACUGUGCCCAAAGGAAUACCGAGGAAUGCCGAGCGCCUGGAUCUGAACAGGAACAACAUCACCAGAAUCACCAAAGUGGACUUCUCUGGCCUCAAGAACCUUAGGAUUCUUCAUCUGGAGGACAACCAAAUCACUGUCGUGGAGAGAGGAGCCUUUCAAGACCUCAGGCUGCUGGAGAGGCUUCGUGUGAACAGAAAUAAACUCCAGGUUCUCCCAGAGCUUCUCUUCCAGUCCAACCCCAAACUAGGACGACUAGACCUCAGCGAGAACCAGGUUCAGGCCGUUCCCAGGAAAGCUUUCAGAGGAAUCACCAAUGUCAAGAACCUGCAACUGGACAGCAACCACAUCAGCUGCAUCGAAGAUGGAGCUUUCCGGGCGCUGCGCGAUCUGGAGAUACUCACCCUCAACAACAACAACAUCACCCUCAUCCCCCUGUCCAGCUUCAACCACAUGCCCAAGCUGCGGACACUUCGUCUGCACUCCAACAACCUCCACUGUGACUGCCACCUGUCCUGGCUCUCUGAUUGGCUCCGAGCCAGAAGGGGCUUGGCUCCCUUCACUCAGUGCAUGGCCCCCGCCCACAUGAGGGGCCUCAACGUCCCGGAUGUGCAGAAGAAGGACUUUGUUUGCAAUGGUCCGGCCCAGACCGAGACGAGGACUUGUGUCCCCCAGUUGGCCGUGUGUCCCCAGAGCUGCAGCUGCAACAACAACAUCGUGGACUGUCGUCGCAAAGGCCUCACCGAAAUACCAGCCAACCUGCCGGAGGGCAUCGUGGAGAUUCGUUUGGAGCAGAACUUGAUUAAAAGUGUCCCAGCAGGAGCCUUCACUGCCUACAAGAAGCUGAAGAGGAUUGACUUAAGUAAGAACCAGAUUUCUGACGUUGCUGCUGAUGCUUUCAGUGGCCUUCGCUCACUCACCUCAUUGGUGCUGUAUGGCAACAAGAUCACCGAGUUGCCCAAGGGAUUGUUUGAAGGACUGGUUUCCCUGCAGCUGCUGCUUCUGAACGCAAACAAAAUUAACUGUUUGAGAGUCAACACCUUCCAAGACCUGCAGAACCUCAACCUGCUCUCACUGUACGACAACAAGAUGCAAACCAUCAGCAAGGGACUGUUCGCCCCGCUGCGCUCCAUCAAGACUCUUCAUCUGGCUCAGAAUCCCUUUAUGUGUGACUGCCACCUGAAGUGGCUGGCCGACUACCUGUUUGACAAUCCCAUCGAGACCAGCGGCGCUCGCUGCAGCCACCCCAGGAGGCUGGCUAACAAACGGCUCAGCCAGGUGAAAGGCAAGAAGUUCAGGUGCACAGGUCAGGAAGACUACCGCAGCCGUCUGAGCGGCGAUUGUUUCCAGGACCUGGUGUGUCCGGAGAAAUGUCGAUGUGAAGGCACCGUCGUGGACUGCUCCAAUCUCAAACUGACCCGUUUACCUCCACACAUCCCAGAGCACACCACAGACCUGCGGUUAAACGACAAUGAGAUUGCCGUCCUGGAGACUGCAGGGACAUUUAAGAAGCUGCCUAACUUGAAGAAGAUCAACCUGAGCAACAACAAGUUGAGGGACAUUCGUGAGGGUGCAUUCGAUGGGGCGGGUGGAGUUCUGGAGCUGCUCCUGACAGGAAACAAGCUGACUGGACUGCAGGGACGCAUGUUCAGGGGCCUCAUCGGCCUGAAAACUCUAAUGUUGAGGAGCAACCAGAUCAGCUGCAUCGACAACAGCACGUUUACAGGCCUGAGCUCAGUGCGUCUCCUGUCGCUGUACGACAACAGGAUCUCCAGCAUCGCCCCGGGAGCCUUCUCCACACUACACUCCCUGUCCACCAUCAACCUCCUGUCCAACCCGUACGUGUGUGACUGUCACCUGUCCUGGCUCGGUCAGUGGCUGAAGAAGACGCGGGUGGUCAGUGGAAACCCUCGCUGUCAGAAACCAGCCUUCCUGAAGGAGAUCCCCAUCCAGGACGUGGCGAACCCGGACUUCACAUGUGACGGUGUUGAGGAUAAUGGUUGUCUCCCUACGUCUGGCUGUCCUGACGCCUGCACGUGCUCAGACGCCGUGGUGCGCUGCAGCAACAGAGGGCUGCACUCGCUGCCCAAGGGCAUUCCCAAGGACACCACCGAGCUUUACCUGGAGGGUAAUAUGCUGACAUCUGUGCCCAAGGAGCUGGCAUCCCUGAAGCAGCUGUCACUGGUGGACCUGAGCAACAACAGCAUCAGCACAGUGGCCCAGUUUACCUUCAGCAAUAUGACGCAGCUAGCCACACUCAUCCUGAGCUAUAACCAGAUUCGCUGCAUCCCGGUCCACGCCUUCGACGGCCUCAAGUCACUUCGCCUGCUGACUCUCCAUGGCAACGACCUCUCAACUAUCCCAGAAGGAGCUUUCAACCACCUCACCGCUCUGUCCCACCUGGCUCUCGGUGCCAACCCCUUGUACUGUAACUGUGACCUGCGCUGGCUCUCCCAGUGGGUCAAGGCUGGUUUUAAAGAGCCUGGAAUCGCUCGUUGCACUGGACCUCCUGACAUGGCUGACAGGCUCCUGCUCACCACACCACUCAACAGAUUUCAGUGUAAAGGCCCAGUAGACAUCAGCCUGAUGUCAAAAUGCGCUCCCUGCCUGGGGGCGCCGUGCCAACACAACGGUACCUGUGUCUCCGAGUCGACUGGAACCUACCACUGCACCUGUCCAUUUGGAUUCAAGGGUCAAAACUGUGAAAUACCCAUCAACGCCUGCAUCAGUUUCCCCUGCUCGAACGGAGGAACCUGCCACAUUCAGCCUGGACAGGAUGACCACUUCAGCUGUGUGUGUCCAGCCGGUUUUGAAGGCCUUCGUUGUGAGAUGAACCCAGACGACUGUGAAGACAACGACUGUGAGAACAACUCCACCUGCAUCGAUGGGGUCAACAACUACACCUGCAUCUGUCCACCCAACUACACAGGUGACCUCUGUGAUGAGGUGGUUGACCCCUGUCUCCAUGGUUUCGACCCCUGUCAGCAUGACUCAAAGUGCGUCCAUGUUGGCCGCAGUUACAGGUGCGACUGUUUGCCGGGGUACGUGGGCCAACACUGCGAUCAGGACUAUAACGACUGUCUGGAGAAUAAGUGUCAGCACGGAGCGGAGUGUGUGGACGCUGUCAACGGCUACACCUGCGUCUGUAAAGAGGGUUUCAGCGGGCUGUUCUGUGAGAACCCUCCACCAAUGAUCCUGCUGCAGACCAGCCCCUGCGACCACUCCGACUGCCAGAACAGUGCCCAGUGCCUGCUGGUUGCCGGGGAGCCCGUCUGCCGCUGCAUGCCUGGUUUCUAUGGCAACAAAUGUGACAAGUUGGCCACCGCUCACUUCCUGGGUCGCGAUGGCUACGUGGAGCUGCCCGGUGUGAAGCUUCGCCCCAACGCUCAUAUUUCCUUGCAGGUGGCCACGGAUAAAGACAACGGCAUUUUGCUGUAUAAGGAGGACCACGACCCUCUGGCACUGGAGCUUUACCAGGGACACAUCCGACUUAUCUACGACAUCGCCAACUACCCACCAACCACAGUGUACAGCGUGGAGACGGUGAACGAUGGACUUUUCCACAUGGUCGAGCUGCUGAUUCAAAACCGGUCCCUGAGCCUGGUGGUGGAUAACGGAGCCCCCAAGAGCCUGGGCAAGCUGGCCCGCCAGCCGUCUGUCGACCACAACACUCAGCUGUACAUCGGAGGCGUUCCUCCUCAAGUGGUGGCCUUGGGUCUACGUCCAGGACCCGACCGGUCUCCUCAGGCCUUCUACGGCUGCAUCCACAAUGUGCGAAUCAAUGGGGAGCCUCAAGAUCUGAAUCACAGAGCCAUGGGAGGAGGGCGACCCCAGGGAGUCGAGGGCAAGGGCGAUGGGAUCCUCGCAGGGUGUCAUACCUGCAGUGUGUGUGCACAGGGUGUGUGCAGGGAGGGCGGAGAGAUGGGGGUGACGUGUGAGUGUCCUCCGGGACGCAGUGGGGCCCUGUGCGAGCAGACGACAACACCAACCCCCUGUCAGAGCAGCAGAUGUGUUCAAGGUGCGUGUGUGCCCAAGGGUCAGUCCUACAGCUGUCAGUGUCGUGAAGGCUACCAGGGUCAGUAUUGCGAUCGACGACAGGAGCCUCCGGCCUGCAGGGGGCAGCGUUGCGGACACGGGGAGUGUCGCGUGUCAGAGGUCGGAGAGCCGAUCUGCCACUGUCAGCCCGGGUUCACCGGAGCCAACUGUGACACAGAGCUGACGUGUCAAGGGGAGAUGUUGAGGGAGCAGCUGAAGCGUCACCACCCCAUGAGAACAUGCACGUCCACAAGCAAGAUACCGCGCAUGGACUGUCCCCGGUCCUGCCAGGCUGCAGCGCCCCCUGGUGUUUGCUGUGGCGUCAGCAAGAGCAGGAGGAGGAAGGCGGUUUUCCGCUGCAGUGACGGCACCUCGUACUCAGAGGAAAUGGAGACGGCUCUGGAAUGUGGCUGCUCCACGUGCCCGUUGUAA